AUGUUCAAAUACUUCGUUGUCGCCUUCUGCUGCUUGGCCAGCGCUGCUGCUGCUCCUGGCUAUUUGGGUGGCUUGGCCGCGGGUCCGGGUUUGCCUUUGGCCGCCGCACCGGCCAUCUCCUAUGGCCACGCCUUGGGCGCGCCCUCGCUUGGUUCGUAUGGCUUGGGUCCCAGGUAUAGCUAUGCCGCGCCAGCUCUGGCUCACGCUCCACUGGCUGCACCCGCCUACUCUGCCUAUGGUCUUGGACCCAGGAUUAGCUAUGCUUCGCCAGCUCUGGCACAUGCACCACUCGGCCUGGCACAUGGACCACUCGGCCUGGCACAUGCACCACUCGGCCUGGCACAUGGACCACUCGCUGCUCCUCUGGGUCUGGGCUAUAGAUCGUAUGCUGCUCCUGCCCUGAGCCUGGGCCAUGGCUGGUAG